UGCGGACUUUGGGGAAGUUUUGAAGUUGUUUCAUUAAAUAGUGGAGCUCGCUACCUGAAACUCACUAUGGCCAUACCAGGUCCAAACAAGGAUAAUAUCAGAGCUGGAUGCAAGAAAUGUGGAUAUCCGGGUCACUUGACAUUUGAAUGCAGAAAUUUUGUAAGGGUGGAUCCAAAAAAGGAUAUUGUUCUGGAUGUCAGCAGUACAAGCAGUGAAGACAGUGAUGAUGAUGAAGAAGUCAUAGAAAUGGAGAAAAAGGUAGCACCAACAAGUAGCAGAAAUAUUAAUGAAGACACUAAGAAAAAACAACUCAAAAAAGAAAUUAAAGAAAAAUCUCACAAAAGGACAAGAAAAGGAUCUCACUCCAGUAGCAGUGAUCAAGAAGCUUCUAAAAAGAAAAAGAAAAAACAUUCAAAGAAGAAAAAGAAACAUGAAAAAAAACACAAGAAAGAAAAGAGUCAUAAAAAGGAGGGGAAGAAAGGUAAAAAGAGGAGACAUUCAUCUUCAAACAGCUGCUCCACAUCAUCGGACACUGAUUAAGGCAUUACUGAUCUAAUAAAUUAAAGACUUCUUUUUGCUGAAAAUGUAAUGCUUUUAUUGUUACCAUUAUCAGAUAUGAACUUAUUGUUUUUUGGAAAACUGUAUUUGACAUUUACACAAAUUGUAAAUUAUUGCACAUCCAAAAAUUCCAUAUAUAGUUCUCAGCCUUAUUAUUGUUUACUGUGUUAUUGUGAUAUUUAUGCUAAGUAAUCCAGACUGUUUUAUGUAACAUUGUCAAAUCUAUUGCAUGAUUCAGGGUUUAUCCCAGCAGAGUUGGGCGAAACAUUCCUGGGCAGGGUAGUAGUUUAUUGCAGGACUACUAAUGCCCAUUCAUUUUUGCUCAGGACAACUUUUGGAAAUACCUAGUAACCUAAACCAUAUGUUCUUAGGGAUGUAAAAACAAAACCCGGGCAUACAUGGAUCCUUACACAGAAAUGACUGAUAUAGUAAAGAUGCUAGCUGAUGUGUUAGACAGUGGAACUAAGCACUGCCCUACAGAGCUUACCUUAGUUUAUAUAAGAUUAGUUUGCAGAGUGACAAAGAUAAAUGUUUAUUUACAGUAAUGAUGUAAUAUCUUCUGCUUGCAACAUAAACGAAGAAUUCCAGAAUGGAGAUAUUUUUACAGUAGUGUUUUUGUAUGUAAUUUAAUAACAAAAAAUAUGUAGGCUCUUGGCAGUAUUUUUAAUGUUCUUGAUAUGAAUCAAAAGCUCUCUUAUGCUGAUUUCUCUCAUUUGUUACAAGCUGAAAUAUGGUUGAUUUCCAGAAACAUUGUCUUGUUAUAAAGUCUUAGAUUUCUGCUUG